AUGAUUGCACAUCCAGACACCGAAUCAGCUGAUGCAACAACCUCAACAACCACAGCAGAAACUCGUCUUCACAACGGCGACACAGCUCACCAGGAGGAUACAAAGUGUCCCUGCUACAAGGUCCUGGCCGAUUCAAGCUCUCGUGCCUGUGGAAUCUGCGAACGUAUAAUUCCUUCGCUUGAUGACGUACACAAGGAACACACUCGCCUGGUCGAGGAGAUGGAGCAGGCACAAACCCGACUCGCCGAGGAGAAGAGACGAGCCCUGGCAGCUACAGUCGACGUCGAGGUAUUGCGCAAGAAAAUCGAGGAUCUCGAGGAUAGUCUGCAGGCAAAGUCGGACGACUAUGAGAGCGUACAGAAGGAUCUCUCGAUCCUGAACGAUAAGUACGUGGACGAGAUUGAGAAGGUCGCCGAGCUGCAACACGCCAAGGAGACGGUCGAGGGCGAGCUGGAGGAGUUGAGUCGAACGCUGUUUGAGGAGGCCAAUGGGAUGGUCGCGACAGAGGCUAGAGCUCGUCACCAACUCGAACUGACACGGAAACAUCUCGAACUCGAACUCAAGGACGCCCAUGAACGACUUGCAGCAGAGACUUCGCAACUCAAGGAACUCAAGUCAAAGAUGGAAGCCAUGAUGGAUUCCCAGCCACAGAGCAAGCGCUCGUCCACCAAUCACUCUGACCGUGGCAGUGUCGACCUCGCCCAACUCUUUGGAAUCAACAACAGUAACAGAAUUUCGGUGCCAGAAGUGCUCACAGAGGAGCCCGAGCCCGAGACCGCCAUUGCCAUUGACGGCCAACUCUUGCAGGAAUUCAAGGAGUUUGUCAGCCUGAGUUCGUCUGUCCGCCUCAACAAGAUCCACAGCCUCACAUUCAUGCGCCAUUGUCAGGACGAGGACGUCGAGCUCUGCUUAAGAUUCGGAAACACCCCAAGGAUCUCGGCGAAAAAGCUGACAGAGGGCAUUUGCUCAAACACCUGCUACAUCGAAGAGGCUACGGCAGAGCAGGUCAAGGAGUACGAGCGCAUGGUCUUGGCAGCACAACAACCCCCUUCGCCAGCGCGCAACUCCAUGUCCAACAAGAGUGUCCUUUGGGAGCGUCUUCAGAACCAGUAUGCAAUGUAUCAAGCCCCCAAGGGUGGAUGUCAGACAUGCGGUCGGUUAGGUCCUCUGAGCCAUCGGUACCGAAUUGCGUCAUUGGAUGAGUGGUCGUUCAUCGAUCGGUUCUGCCGUGACCGUCUCGUAGCCGUCUGUGAAUUUUAUAUCUUUAUCCGCAACAUCCGCGCAGGACUGUACGCGAGCCGCUCCAUUGAGGAUCUUUACUCGGAGAGCUUGCGUCUACGACUUCAGAUGUUUUACGCCCGCUCAGGGGUCUUGCCUAUCAUGCUGUCGGAACUUGGCACGACGGCUCAGUCGAUUGGAAGCAUGGGAUCGGCAGGACAAGGACAGUGGCCAGAGGGAACACCACCACCCCGUGGCGAGGGCAGCGAUGCCGGAUCGACCAAUUCUCCGUCCGCUUCGGCCUUUACGACUCCCAUCACCACCCCCAAGAUCGAAAGGGCCGAGAUCUUGUCGAGAUCAGUGUCUCGGGAGGAAGUCGUGUCGGCCAAGACCUCUUUGGAAGAAAAGGACCGAUCGCCUGUCUCGCCUACUACUGCUGUCACAGCAACCACUUCCGCCUCCUCCCCUUUGGCUUCGGCUGGACCCGAGCCAACAAGUUCUUAA